GCAAAGCCCAGUGACGCCGUCUGGAAGCAUCAUUUAAAAAUCGCUCCAGCCCACCGCUUUCCUCAGAUCUGCUUUGACCAGCUCCUUCCAAAACACAGCAGACCUCGGGGGCCGUACAUUCAUGCUGUCCACGGCCAACUGCGUGUCCUUUCGGAGCACGUUGGAGGGUCUGCUGCCCUGGGCCAGUCUGAGAACUACCAACAGCCAGACUGGCGCGGGAGACAAGAACAGGGCGCGCAAGAAGUCCAAGGACAUCUUCAGCGUCAUGGUGACUCCUGACCGCAUCCCCAAGUUCUUCAUCCCUCCUCUGGAUGUCCACGCCCAAGCAGAGCAGCCUCCGGAGGCGGAGGAGGGCUGCCAGUCACCUGCUUUGCUUUUGCAGUCCCGGGGAGAAGGGUCGAGGAGAGCCAGGAGCCCCGCCGGGUCCAACGCCGGCAGGGACCGUGUCCUGAUGCGGGGAAGUCUGCGUCAAAGGUCCCCGGAGAGCUGCGGCGACGGGGCUCUGCUCUACGGGGAACUGGAGAGGGCGGCCGACCACUCAGACCCAGCAACCAGAGCUGCGCUCUCCCUGCCCCACUUGCAGAAAAUCACCACUCCUUACGGAUUCCCAGCCCUGGGGGAAAUCCCACACAUCAGGAGGAAGGAAUCUCUCUUCUUUGAACGCGACGUUGCAGAGAUCCUGUUGAAGAGCAGCGCACGGAGCCGGGCGCUGGGCAGGAGCCGCUCCAGCCCACUCACUGAUCCCAAGCUGCAGGAGUCUCCUGGCACCAGCGCAGUUUCCCGGGCCAACAGAUCGGCGUCCUGGGAAACCAUCACCACCCCCAGCCUCCCAUCCUACCCCCCACAAGCACCCAGAUCCUUGACCACUUUAGUAAAAGACAAGAGCAAGUUUCAGAUCCUGAUCAAGAAACACUUGGCCAGCAUUAAGCGCAUGAGGUCCAAUAGUUCAUCGGCGCGGCUGGCAGAUCGGAUGAUGAGCAGUUUCAGUACAUGAUCGGACAGAUCAUAGUCAACUCCCCGGAAGUCCCGGGACCCAAGCAGGUGCACAUACCCUACCGCCGUUCGUCAAACAAGAGUUAGUCAAGAACAGUGACUUCCCUCAGAUCUCCGGCACUUCGGGAUAACUGCGGGUGCUGGAAAUCUGAAAUGGAGACAGAACUGGAAACACGCAGCAGGUCAGGCAGCAUCUGCGGAAAGAGAAACGGAAUUACCGUUUCAGGACCAUGACUUUGCAUCGGAUGGAGUGACUGAGGACUCAAGCGUUUUGAAGAAUUUCUUCGGGGUACCGGCAAUGGUAAUUGCCUCUUCUGCGAGUGAUCGCCCAUUUCCGAAGAGAACAGAGUAACAAGUCUGUCGCAGAAAUUCCGUGUCGUGCGUGUUUAAGAAUUGCAACUCUUAUCGAACUGUAUCAAUAAUAAAGUAAACUCUAUUUAUCUGUGCUA